CUUGUGAUGUGAAUUUCCCAUUCACUCUUUUGAUUGUCAUAUUGGACAAUUCGUGGUUGAUGGUGAAGCGGAUUCGCGGUUCAGCCAAUCAGCGUCCUCCCAUGGGCGGAUGUGGUUUGCGGGGAAAUCGCACCAAUCACAGCGCGGCGUCUUCCUCGCGAGGGCGGUGCUUAGCCGCUCAAAGGAAAGUUGGCACACAUCAGUCACGCGCCGCUCUCCGCUCUCAUUGGUCCACCAUUUUGAGUGAGGUGGGUCUUGACGCUCACCGAGUAAGCCACUGUUGAAAUUCCAAUGCUAACUAACUUUAGCCAGCGUGCUAACAUGUAACAGUGAAUUUUGAGAAUCUGCUUUCAUUGCGCUAUUGUGGACUUGAGUGUUAGUUCGUCUCCACUUGGGGCGGAUAUUCAAAUAAACACAAUCGUCUUGAUGUGUGCUACUGCGCGUGUCUCCGUUACCGCAGCCAGGUCAUGUCCAGUUAGCCAGAACGCGGCAGUUGCUGGAUAACGAACCUGGCAGGCGAGCUAGCCAGCCAGCCAGCCCAUUCGGGACUGGGUCUGCGCGGAGGGAUUUGUGCAGGAUUUGUCGCCCGGAGAGGACGCCAAAAGCCGGAUGCUGUGACUACCAUGAGUCCCGCAGGCUGCCCCCAUGUCAGCGGCUUCAAAGUGGAUAACUGGAAGCAGAACCUGAGGGUCAUUUAUCAGUGUUUCGUGUGGAGCGGGUCAGCCGAGACCAGAAAACGCAAGGCCAAGUCAUGCAUCUGCCACAUGUGCGGUGCCCACCUGAACCGACUCCACUCCUGCCUCUACUGCGUCUUCUUUGCCUGCUUUGCCAAGAAACACAUCCACGAACAUGCCAAGAGCAAAAGGCAUAACCUAGCGAUCGACCUGCUGUACGGGGGAAUCUACUGCUUCAUGUGCCAAGACUACAUUUAUGACAAAGACAUGGAACAGAUUGCCAAAGAGGAACAAAGGAAAGCCUGGAAAAUGCAAGGCAUUGGAGAGAAGUACUCGACAUGGGAGCCCACGAAGAGGGAGCUGGAACUUCUCCGCCACAACCCCAAGAGGAGGAGAAUCACAUCCAACUGCACCAUCGGCCUGCGCGGACUGAUUAACUUGGGCAACACGUGCUUCAUGAACUGCAUCGUCCAGGCACUGACACACACGCCACUGCUGCGUGACUUCUUCCUGUCCGACCGGCACAAAUGCGAGAUGCAGAGCAACUCCUGCUUGGUGUGUGAGAUGUCGCAACUCUUCCAGGAGUUCUACUCAGGCCACCGCUCGCCUCAUAUCCCUUUCCGCCUCCUCCACCUGGUGUGGACUCACGCCCGCCACCUGGCCGGUUACGAGCAGCAAGACGCCCACGAGUUCCUCAUCGCGGCACUGGACGUCCUGCACAGACACUGCAAAGAUGACAACGGGAAGAAAGCCAACAACCCAAACCAUUGUAACUGCAUCAUCGACCAAAUCUUCACAGGGGGCCUGCAGUCUGACGUCACCUGUCAAGUCUGCCAUGGCGUUUCAACGACCAUAGACCCGUUCUGGGACAUCAGCCUGGACCUGCCGGGGUCCUCCACACCUUUCUGGCCGCUCAGCCCCGGAGGAGACGGAUCAGCACUCAACGGGGAGAGUCACGCCACUGGAGCCACAACACUCACCGAUUGUCUGCGCAGGUUUACCAGACCAGAGCACCUCGGCAGCAGCGCUAAGAUCAAGUGCAGCGGUUGCCAUAGUUACCAGGAGUCCACCAAGCAGCUGACCAUGAAGAAGCUGCCCAUCGUGGCCUGCUUUCACCUCAAAAGGUUUGAACAUUCGGCCAAACUACGGCGGAAGAUCACAACUUAUGUCUCCUUCCCACUGGAGCUGGACAUGACUCCCUUCAUGGCCUCCAGUAAAGAGAGCAGGAUGAACGGACAGUACCAGCAGACGGUGGAUCCCUUCAACAAUGACAACAAGUAUAGUCUAUUUGCUGUGGUAAACCACCAGGGGACACUAGAGAGCGGCCAUUACACCACCUUCAUCCGGCAGCACAAAGACCAGUGGUUCAAAUGUGACGACGCCAUCAUCACCAAGGCCAGCAUCAAGGAUGUGCUGGACAGUGAAGGGUACCUUUUGUUUUACCACAAACAGUUCCUGGAGUACGAGUAGUCGCCUCCAUCAGCGCAGCUCGCAGGACAGAAAGAGGGACGACGCGAGGAGGAAGGAGUUGCAUGGGAACAGGUAACGGGAGACAUCAGAGAGGUGAAGGAAACACAAACACAAGCCUACCUGAAUCGUUUCGCGCUUGCAGCUCUCACUCUUAACAUGGAACCACCUUUGCUCACACACUAUAAUCCAGUCUGUAUGACACUCCAGGCCGAACGAUCUCUUCUUAACUGUGGGCGGAAAAUACAAGAAAACUGGGAGGAUGUUUUUUGUUCGGGCACUGAAGGAAUAUUGUAUCUCUUUCGCUGGAUUUCAGGGGAUUAAAAGAAGAAAGCCGCUGUGAUAAUCUGCUACGUGAGCGGAAAUACUGAAACGGAAAGAUGGGCAGAUUUUUUUUUUGUUUGUUUGUUUUUUUUAAACCGUAGUUGAUCUGGGGAAGGUUUACAUGAUCACGAAUGCUGUUCUUCACCAGUGUCCUGCUUCACGCUCACACGGCUGCAUAUAUUUACACCUAAGGGUGCUAAGAAACAGAACCUACUCCUUUUUUUCACACUCACACUCCUCCAAAUGACCAAAUAUUUCAAAUAUAGAAGUGGAAUGAUGCAUUUUGUGAAAAUGCAAACAAACAAAAAAAAGAAAAACAGUAACAUAACUCAUGGUGUUAUGAAUAUUGUAAAGGGAAAAAAGUUUAUUCCGAUUAUUACUUGUGACUCUGUGGUCAUUGGAUGCUUAAGAAAACUUUUUUUUUUUUUUCCCUCAACAAGUCCACAAAGGAUCUGUUCUUCUCUGCCUUGCUGCUUCCAACAGUCACAGUGGGAAAUAGACGACACAGGAAAUAAUAUUAUAUUUUUAUACAUAGUUUUGUUUACGAUUCUUUCAUUCUCCCAGAAGGGUCACUUUGUUUGUCUGUGUUUCGUGCUGUUAAAGUAAUAGUUCAGGGUUUUUUGUUUUGUUUUUUUUUUUGAAGUCUUGUUGUACGAGGGAAAGACACUGAUGCACUGUGCUCUUGCGCCUAGAACCCAGUUGGGUGAAACACAAGGAAAAACAGAUUUUAGCCACUUUAAGGCCCUGGUAUACUUCCUACACCAUAACGCGGACCAUGGUAUACUCGUGUGUCAGGGUCCUGUAGUAUCACGUGCUGCACAUUGAUGGCGCAGUUUGUGCACAGAAGUAUACCAGGGGAGACUCUUAAUAAAGUCAUUGUCUGCUUAGGUCUCUGAUAUUUUAGGAAUAUGUUUAAUCUUGCCGUUAUUGACCAGAAACUGAAGUUCUGUAAACGACUCACUCUGCCACACCAAACUCCAUGGAGAAAAUCGGCGAUUUUAGGCUUGUGUCCACACUGGCGCUGCUGGUCUACCGCCGCCCCGUUUGAUAAGUUUGUGUCACGUGGGUAAAUCGGAAGUAAGUAUUUAAAUAACAGAGGUCACAAAAUGACACUUUUGAACUUAGUGGAGGAGGCGGCAGUGGAUUAACCGCUCCUGCGUGCUGUUAAGUGUAAAAUCACUGAUUUUCUACAUGGGCUUUGGUGCGGGGAGUGGGAAAGCAACACUACCUUCAGUUUGCAGUUAGAUGAGGCUGUCUGACAGCAAGAUAAAGCGGGAAACAUGUUCUUAAGCGAGGGCAGAGUCUUUAGAACAAUGGCUAAAGUUAGUUUGUUCUUGUCGGCAGCCAUGCAAACAUCUGCGUCUCAGGCUGGUCCCUGGUCCAGGGUCUGUGCUGAUGGAUGUGUCACUACAUCAUACAACCACACUUCCAAAAAAAUCAGAACUUAACCUGUUAAUCAUGUUUUUGUAAAAAAAAAAAAAAAAAAAAGUGCUAAUAAUCUUCACCAACCUGCUGCUAAAGCGGUUUUUGUUUGUUUUAUUUUUAUUUUUAUUUUGUGGGGGGGUGGGGGUUUAAUCUUAGACGUUACAGACACAUAAUCGUCACGUUGUCAUGAUGCUAUUUCAGGUAAAUGGCAAAAAAAAAAAGAAUCAAAAAGAGGAAGAUGUUAUUUAAAGGGUCAGAAGCCUGAUUUUACAGUGUUAACUGUCAGCCGCAUGUCGCUCUAAUUCGGUGUGUUUGUAUAUACAGUAUGUGUGAGUGUGUGUGUGUGUGUGUGUGUGUGCACGUGAAUGUGCCCUGGAAAGGGGAGAAAAAAAAAAUCUCAGUGUAAGUGAGUUUGUAUAAUAUGUUAUUACGUAUAUCAAAGGAUAGAGGAGGGAAAAGAUGUGUGUGUUUGUGCGUGUUCCUGUUUGUAUGCACGUGUGUCGUGCGCGUGCGUGCGUAUGUAAACCCGUAUGUUCGUGUACUGAAUCAGUACUUUGCAUUCAGCAUGCCGUCUGAGCUGGGUAUCACAGUUUGAUAGGAUUUUUUUUGUUUGUUUGUUUUUUCCACAUGUUAAUGAUGUAUGUAAAGGUAUAUAUAUAUAUAUAUAUAUGUACAGUUUAUAUGUACGAGACAAAAUGGUGAAACCUCAAAAGUCGAUUUUUGUUCUGCUACAUUGCUGGGGGUGGGAGGGCGUAAUCCAAGGAAACUUGUCAUUCCUCACUCACUCACACAGACACACACACACACACACACACGUACGUAACUGCUGCAAGAACUGGACACAGUGACGGAAAGACACUCAAAAUAAAGAAAAAUCUAUAUCUGUAAA